UCUUCAGUUCAGUUAAAGUUGAAUGACGGAACUGAGAGAGAAAAACCAACUUCCUCAAGGAUGUCGGUGGACGGAGACUCGUUGCUGCAGGAGGUGAAGGAGUGUAUCGAGGCGGCUCAGAACUACAGGAGUGAGUUACAGCAGAGGCUGCAGGGACUGAGUCAGGCUCGCAAACAGGUGAGAGGAAGCUCCACCCACACACGUGAGGUCCUCAGACGUCAUUUCCAGGAGCUGCAGACGACGCUGAGCCGCCUGCUGAACGAGAGACUGAACGCGCUGCUACAGGAAGUGGACGCCAUCGAACAGGAAAGCAUCAGCCCCCUCGACGACUGUCAGAAGCUCAUCGAACAUGGAGUCAAGAUGGCCGACGAGCUCCUGCGUGAGGGUGAAGCAGCGAUCCGGUGUGGUAUCAGUGACCAGCAGGACAAACUGUGCAGCUUCGCCAAAAAAGCUCUUCACAUCCAACUGGACAGUCUACCCGAGGUACCGGCGCUGGUGGACGUGCCGUGUGUGUCGGCGCAGCUGGAUGAUUCGCUGGUGUGUGUGAUGCAGGACAGGGUUGGUCGUCAUGGUAGCGUGUCGUCUCACCCCCCCGUACAGAUAGAUGAACUAAUCGAGAGAGCCGGGGGGGUACUGGUGCGCUGGAGCAAGGUGGACGAGGACUUCUCUCCUCAGGAGUACAGGCUGCAGUACAGGCGCAGUAGCUCCACCCACUACGAGGACGGCUAUAUAGGAAGUGAGUGCGAGUACCUGCUGCUGCACCUGGACCCUCACACGGACUACAUGUUCCAGGUGUGUGCACGGGGCGAGGGGCGCAGCGAGUGGAGCCCGUGGAGCGUCCCAGUGACCGGAUACACCACGCUCACGCCGCACGAGUGGCGCUCAGGUGUGGACGGGUACAUCCUGGGCAGCAGGAAGAACGUGGCCCUGCGCAGCGACUCUUCAUCAUCAGGAUGUGGAUCUGUGCUUUACUCCGCCUCGCCCACCUACUUCUGCGGCCAGACGCUCACGUACAAGAUUACAGGAGCUGGACCGGUAGAUAAGAAGGACAGUGUUGGAGUGUGUGUGGACACACACGGUGAAUCUGAGACUCUCCAGAGAGAUCAGGCCGUCUGCAUCUCCACCAACGGUGCCGUGUUCGUUAACGGCAAAGAAAUGACCAAUCAGCUGCCAGCCGUCAGCGUGGGAUCCACCAUCACUUUCGACAUGGAGGUCGUCCACAUCUUCCCCUCCAACAACAACAACAACCCCAGCGACGCCGCCGGCCUCAAACUGAGAGUCACCAUUGGCUCGGGGAACAGGGAGGUGGUUUUUGAUUGGCUGCUGGAUCAGGUGGUGGACUGCCUGUACUUCGGCUGCUCCUUCUCCAACCCCGGCUGGAAGGUUCUGGUGUACUGACGCCGCCGGGCCGGUCUUGGUGUCCGAGCCGUUUACAGCGUUCAGAUCAGCGCUCUCGUUUAGCAUGUAGCGACAUGCUAACACUGAGGCUCUGAAGGGGAUUUUUUACACGUUUAGGUCACGGAUGGGUCGGUAGUUACGUGGAUCAUGUGACUCCUGCGGUUUGAGCGCUUCUCUUUACCUCCAGCAGCUUCCAGUCUAACCAGUGUUUAUUAGAUAGAUUUUUGUAUUCACCAGUACCUUACAACAGUCAGUAGUUGUAUACCCACAAAGUGCUUAUAUAUGGUAGUUGUAGGUCAUAAAAUGGUCAAAAACCAUGCACUUAAUGGCCAAAAGUAUUUGGACACCUGGGCAUGAGCUUGUUGGGGCCUCUUCUUCAUUUUCUGAGAAGCUUAUUACAAGACUUUUAAGUGUGUCUGUGGGGAUUUGUGCCCAUUCAGUAGCAUUUGUACGGCUGGGCAUUGACUGAGCAGUCGAUGUUCCGGUUCAUCCCAGAGCUGUUAAGUGGGGCUGAGGUCAGGGCUCUGUGCAGGAUGCUGGAGUUUCUUUAUAGAGCUCGCUCAUGCUGGAACAGAGGAGGACCUUCCCUAAACUGUUACUGCAAAGCUAGAAACAUAUCAUUUCCUUAUUGUUAACCGCUGUUGCUGAUUGGCUAAACACAAAAUUGCAAUUGUUCUGGCUGAAACACAUUAGAAGGGGCGUCCUGAUACUUUUAGCUCUACUAAAACUUGGAACCUGACAGUAGUGGGGCUUAAACCAGCAACCUUCUGAUUACUAGUUCUGUAUCUUAACCGCUGAGCGACCACUGGUUCAAGCUGCACCACUGCCACUGUUGGGCCCCUGAGUGAGGCCCUUAAAUCUUAAUUGCUUGGCCGUAUUUACAUUUCAUCACAACUGUAGGUCACCUUGGAUAAAAGCCCCCUGGUUAUAGGGCCACGCCCUACAGCGCACUAGCUAACUACAGUGGCAGCGUUCACAGAUCACAAUGACACACACACACACCUACACACAAACACACACACGCACACACACCCCUACCCAUAAACACACACACCUAUACACACAUCCACACCCACACACACACACACCUAUACACACCUAUACACACAUCCACACCCACACACACACACACACAGUAUUUAAGGACUCUGAUGUGUGAGAGGUUCUGAUAAAUAUAAUUUCUGUAUUAAAGGUACGUGUGUGUUUUUUUACUCUGAUGCUUCAGUGAAUUUUUGUACCUCGUUCAUGUUUGUGCUUCUGUAAACAUCUGUCUGAAUCCAGCUGUUCAUCACGUGAUGAAUAAAGUAGUUUGAUGUGUUAA